AUGGGUAUGCGCGAGUAUUCUCGCGCCGCUUCCGUCCUGGGUAAGGAUCAGCAGUCUCCGGCAGCGGUGUUCUUUCGGUCCUACGCCCUCUACCUUGCUGGGGAGAAGAGGAAAGAGGAGGAAAUUGCAGAGGUCCAAGAUCCAGUGGAGAAGGGUCAGGUGAAAAACCCUGAGCUGAGAACGCUGGAGGAAGAAUUGUCAAUGCUUCAUCAGCAACGGCGACUAGAUGGCUUAGGUUUGUACGUCUAUGGCAUCACUCUGAAGGGUCUAGAGCUGAAGGAUGAUGCCCGGCGCAUCCUGCUGGAGUCGGUUCAGGCCUUUCCCUGCAACUGGUCAGCCUGGCUGGACAUCAUCAGCAUAUCUUCCGACCUGAACGAUGUGAAUGAUUGUCGUGUCGACUUGACGUUGCCCAACCACUGGAUGAGUCACUUCUUUGAAGCGGCCUUUCAGUUGGAGCUUCAACGCAAUGAGAGCGCCAAGAACCUCUAUGCCAUGCUGCGUGGGAGCUUUCCGGAGUCCUCCUAUCUCACAUCGCAGCUGGCCACCUGUUUCUACAACAUGAGGAACUUCGACUCCUCCCAGGCGGCCUUUGAAGAAAUGCGCAAGAAGGAUCCCUAUCGGCUCACGUCGCUGGAUACCUAUUCCAACAUCCUCUUUGUCAAGGAGCGGUCUGCAGCCUUGAGCCACCUGGCGCGGCAUGUGGUGAAGAUCGACAAGUACACGCCAGAAGCUUGUAGCAUCAUCGGCAACUACUACAGCUUGAAAGGUGAGCACGAGAAAGCCGUGGUGUAUUUCCAGAGAGCCUUGAGUCUUAAUAGGCACUUCACUCCAGCAUGGAUUCUGAUGGGUCAUGAGUUCAUGGAGAUGAAGAACACCCCGGCAGCCAUUGACGCUUACCGCACAGCUGUGACGAUCAAUCAGCGUGACUACCGGGCUUGGUAUGGCUUGGGGCAAACCUAUGAGCUGUUGAGCCUGCACUACUACGCGCUCUUCUACUACCGCCGUGCCAUGCUGCUCCGCCCGGAGGACGCACGGAUGUGGUGCGCCAUGGCGCAAUGCUACGACCUCAUGAGUCGCAAAUCAGAGGCCCUGAGAUGCUACGAGAAGGCGCACCGCUGUGGGGACCGGGAACGCAUGGCGCUGCCACGUCUGGCGCGGCUGCAUCGAGAUCUCAACCAACGGAGGCAAGCCGCAGCUUACUACAGUCAGAUGCUGGAGCAGAACGGUCAACCAGAUGGAGGACCCUUGCAACCCUUGGGCCUCUCCACGGAGGUCGUAGAGGCGCUUCGUUUCCUCAUGGCCUUUAGCGCGGAGGAGGGUCGCCUCGGGGAGGCAGAGGCACAUGCCAUGCGGCUGCUGGAUACCUCGGGGCCGGAGAAGGACGAGGCCAAAGCCAUGCUUCGGAACUUGCGGCAACGUGGUGGGGCCCCGGAUUUGGGCCAAUGUCGAAAAGCCUUGGGCUCGUCAGCUGAAGGUUCGUACGUGUCGCCAUUGGAUUCCGAGAUCACCUUUCCUUUCAAUCAGCUGGCGAGUGCCAACAUCGAGGCGGAUGAAGAUGGUUGGACUGAGGAUAUCCGAAACUUUCAGAAGGCAGUGACCGCCAUGAGUGACUCCGUGGGCUCCAACGACUGGAAGACGGUGACCAUGGGCACCCAUUCCAAGUUUCGUCCAGCUUUGCUGCUCGAAGGGAGCCUCACCGGACUUGCAGUGGAGGAGUGUGCCGCGCAGGAUCGGAAGUGCCAGAAGGACACCAGCGAACCCAAGGAGUGCGGCUGUGGGUCGUUGAGUCGUGGAGGAACCGUGGCGAGCCCAUCCGAGUGGUCAGCCCCAUCAGAAGUGGCCGAGAGGCACAACUCAGAGAUGGUGGAGAUUCCAAGAGGUGCUUUUCUCAUGGGCGACCGCAAAGAACGCGUCCAUUUUCCACAGGAUGGUGAGGGGCCUGUCCGGCCCGUCCGCAUGUCUGCCUUCCGCUUGGAUCAAUUCGAAGUCAGCAACGCGAAGUUCCAGGACUUCGUGGCGGAGACGGGCUACGUCACCGACGCCGAGCGCCUAGGGGAUUCCUUCGUGGCGGAGCUGUAUCUGUCGGAAAAGGUGCUGGGGACCAUCGACAAAAAGGUGGAUGCAGUCCCCUGGUGGCUCCCGGUGCCGAAUGCCUCGUGGCGUCAGCCCGAAGGCUUGGACAGCGGCCUGGAGUCGCCCCGGAGCCGCUAUGGAAACCGCUGGGAUCAUCCUGCAGUUCAUAUCUCGUGGAACGAUGCCUAUGCUUAUUGCAGCUGGCGAAAUGCAACCCUUCCCACGGAGGCCCAAUGGGAAUACGCUUCUCGUGGCGGCCUGGAAGGAAUGUACUACCCUUGGGGCGACAGCAUGUAUGGCAACGAGAGCGAUGAUGGAAGAUUCAGGAUGAACAUUUGGCAAGGGGAAUUCCCCACUCUGAACACAGCAGAAGAUGGCUACAUCAAAACUGCUCCAGUCGAUGCUUUUGGUCCUCAAAAUGAUUGGGGUUUAUACAACAUGGUGGGCAAUGUGUGGGAAUGGACCAGCGAUUGGUUCAGCCCAGUGCAUUUCUUGACCGAAGAAAAUCAACAGAUUGGCUUCGUGGACCCCACUGGUCCCAGCGUUGAGGACCUGGAACAGCUGGUAGAGAUGGGUUACUUGAAGAAAGAUGCUUCGGGAGCCUUUGAAAAGAUAAAAAAAGGCGGCUCCUUCAUGUGCCAUCACUCUUACUGCUGGAGAUACCGCAACUGUGCUCGGCAUCAUCUGACUGCUGAUAGCACCGCGCAUCACAUUGGCCUGCGCUGCGCCCAGUAG